AUGGCGGCCGACGUUCAGUCAAAACCAAAGCUUUUGAAUUUUAUCGUAAAGAAACCUGUACCUUUGAAAAUUGGAGAUUCUGCAAACGAUAAUUUUAAAUCUGGUGUUGCUGUGGUUGACGUUAUUUUCCCGGGAAACAGCAGUGUAGAAUUGGGGAAGCUGACUUUUAAAAACUGCUACACUGCGUCUAUCACGAUCAAACUAAAGAUUUUGAACGGUGAAGGCAAUGAAACAUGGAUAACUGCAGUAAAGAACUACACGCUUAUGCCUCAUCCUCAUUUUGAAACGGGGAGCCAGGAUCGUUUCUCAAUAUCUAUCAGUGAUAUUACCAAGUCAUCAUCUCAAGUUAUAAUGUUGAGGUUGAUUCUGAAACAACCGUCGCCUCAUUGGAAUAGUUUUGGCAUUGAUGAGUUGCAAUGUUAUCCACCGGCAACCACCAGCUCUGCAUUGGUUCCAGAUUGGCUUCAGUCAGUUGCUUGUCGCAAUCAAGUGGGAAUUAAAUCAUCACCAAACUGUCCAAAUUCUGACAAUGUCGCUUCCAACAUUCAACAUUUGUGGGCAGAGAUACAUGAGCUGAAAUCUGCGAAACAUGAUACAGUCAUUGGACGAUUUGAUAUUGAUGGAAACUAUGACAUCAACUUAUUGUCAUACACAUAA